CUGUCAGACGGGUUUCAGUGUGCAGGCAGGACACACAGAUCUCUGUCCCACUCGACCUGCAGCUGCAAUACCAAACCUUCAUUUUUCAACGCUAGGACAUAAAGGGCUUUCUGUCCCUAUACAGCCAGGAGACCUACCAAAGCCAACGAAAGGGAUUUCUGAUCAAAAAGCAUUGAGCCAAUCUCUCUAUCUCUUUCUUCCUCCUUGUUGUCUCUCUUUGUUUUCAUCCUGCAUAAUCCCUCUUGCACAGAGAGAUCCUCAGAGCACCGUCUGAAGACACAGAGAAGGAUCAAAACAAACAUCGCAACAGAGGCAAAAUUCACCAAGGACUUUCUCUGUGUCGGUCGGGUGUGAUCAAGGGCCUUUUGCUGUCCUGCUGCCCUGCGGUGUGUGUGUGUGUGUGUGUGUGUGUGAGGAGGCUAAUGCCCGCGGUGACGUUAGGGCCAGAGGAGGAUGAGUCCGGCUGUAGGGGCUCAGGCCCAGGAGGCCAUGCAAGCAGAGCAGCAGCAGUGCUACCUGGAGGAAGGGGGGGUGAUGCUUGAGCCCUUCGUUCACCAGGUGGGGGGCCACUCGUGUGUGCUGCGCUUCGGGGAGCAGACCAUCUGCAAGCCCCUCAUCCCCCGCGAGCACCAGUUCUACAAGAGUCUCCCUCCUGCCAUGAAAACAUUCACCCCUCAGUACAGAGGAGUGGUAUCGGUUAGCUUUGACGAGGAUGCUGAUGGAAACUUGUGCCUCAUGGCUUACCCCAUCCACAGUGAACCAGAGGACAUGGAGAACCAAGACCCUGCAGGCGACUGUGAACCCAAGAGCAAGAUGCUCAAGUGGGGGAACAAGAGGCUGAACACCCUGCUGGAAAAAGAGAACUACAGCAGAGAGAGUCGAACCAGGCACUCACGCAAGGACAAGGACAAGAGUCUGAAGCGUGAGGAGGAGCUGGAGCAGGAGAGGUUACAGGAGGACGAGGUGCACCGUUACAGCCUGGAGCGCAGCAACGCUGGGCCCCAGCACAAGCACAACCCCUGGAGCCUCAAGUGCCAUCAGCAACACCUGCAGAAGAUGAAGGAGAAUGCCAAGCAACGCAACCAGUACAGUAUCCUUUCGCCCAGGACUGCCGGUCAUGGAAGAGAAUUCAUCCUGCUGGAGAACCUGACGUGGAGACACACGGUGCCGUGCGUGCUGGACCUGAAGAUGGGCACGCGCCAGCACGGGGACGACGCCUCGGAGGAGAAGAAGGCCAUGCACAUCCGCAAGUGCCAGCAGAGCACCUCCGCCUCCAUAGGGGUCCGACUGUGUGGCAUGCAGGUGUACCAAUCAGACUCAGGCCAACUGAUGUUCAUGAACAAGUACCACGGCCGGAAGCUCACCCUGCCGGGCUUCAAGGAGGCCUUGUUCCAGUUCUUCCAUGACGGGCGGCGUCUACGCCGUGAGCUGCUCUCCCCGGUGCUGCACAAGCUGAGGGACAUGCAGGCCGCGCUGGAGUCCUGCGAGUCCUACCGCUUCUACUCCAGCUCUCUGCUCAUCAUCUACGAUGGAGAGCCGUCAUGCACACACACACGCCACCGAAAAGGCCAGUCCAAAGAGGAGGAGGAGGAGGAGGAAGAAGAGGAGGUAGAGGGUGACGAGGGUGGUGCGUUUGGAUUCCUUCACAUUGCAGGGGAGUCCAGCGAGAGCGGUAGCUCCUUGGGCAGCGCAGGAGUCCGGUGCCAGCCCCCCUGCCCAGACCCAGACCCAGCGGUGGAUGUGAGGAUGAUAGACUUUGCCCACACCACCUGUCGUCACUAUGGGGAGGACAGUGUGGUCCACGAGGGCCAGGAUUCUGGCUAUAUCUUUGGUCUUCAGAACCUCAUAACAAUCAUCUCACAGCUGGAGGAUCAUUGCACAGACUAGAGUCACUCACCUUACACACGGUACUACACACACGCACACAUGCAGCAUACACACACCACCCAUGGGAUAAAUAGCACACUGGACUACAGCUAUAUUGAGGAGACCAAGGUGUCUGUCUUCACCAGCAAAUAAACUUUGCUGUAGCCUGAAGUUCCAUCUGUCUCCAUGUUUCGGUCCUUGGUGCUUAUCUGGUGUUUCUGUGUGUGUGUGUUACUGUCUGUAGGGAUUAAAAGAGUCCUGAAGGUUAGUGUUUACCUAACUCAGUGACUUACCGCCUUUAUCUGCUCAAACUUAUGUAACAAAGUUACUUAGUCGACCCAGUUAUUCAGGGAAAUAAGUUGUGGAAAACAGUUUCGAGAUAUUUAUGAGAAAUCUUUAUAAUAGAGGAUGCACGGUUUUCAGAUGUUCUAUUUGAAAUAGAAUGUCGCCAUUGUGUGCACACUUACACACUUACACACACACUUACACACACACACAGACAGUCCAUGAUAGUCCUGUGUGCUCCUGAUAGAACAGGUGUAUCAAAGAGAAUAGGAGUUACAGUUGAUUUGUGUGAUGGUAAGGGAAACUUUCAAUACUGUAACCUUUAUUUUCGUUGAAUUCAUUUUGCCAUCCCUCCUACCCCUUCCCUUAACAUAUAUUCAUAUAGAUAGUACAGAAAACGCAUAUACAGUAUGUAUAUAUACAGAUAGAUAUUUAUUUAUUUGACAUGUUCAUAAAUAAAUACAAAAACUAAAAAAGAAACUGAAUAGAUUCAAAAAUGACAUUCCAUAAAUUCAUGUUAUAAUGAUGUGAAUGAAAAGUGAUGUUCAGAAACUGUAUUUUAUAUCUGUGCUCCACAGUUUACCAGAGGAUAAAUAAAAACCUUUUUGUG